AUCCUCAUAAGAGUCUUAGUGGCCCCUUCUUUUUUGGACUCUCCCGAGAUGCAAAGAGAGUUUUAGGAGAUGGAAAAAGGAAAGAGGAGAAGGGAGCUAGAAACACAUAUUGAACAGUUGUGUAAGUUUGGGACACUUUGGGUAGACACGGGGUAUGGGGUCUCUGGCCUCUGAGAUAGCCACACAACAAGCAGGACUGUGACAGAUCUCCAGAAGAGUCCUGUGAGGGAGACAGCCAGCCGAGAGGGGCCACGGAGGGCAGGGCUUCAGGAGGGAAUGGCCUCCAGAGGCCCUGCUGACCCAGCAUUGGCUUCAUCCUUAGGGUAAUACCCAGAGAGUCUCAGAACGUGAAACACAGACCAGCUUUGUCAAAAUCACUCAGGGAAGCGUCUAUGAAAAUAGCCUGCCUCCCUGCCUCAGAACCCAAAGGAACAGUCAUGAAUCUCCCUCCACCUUGUCCCAUCUUUAGCCACACUCCCCACAGACCACAGCGCACCCGGCCAACCCAGGGAACAGGGGGUGAAGACAUGGUUUCUGCUAUCUUAUUGUAACUGAGCAGCGUUUCCUGUGCCCCAAGCUUCAUUAGCACAUUGGUGGUGUCAUUUCCUGUGACGACUCUCUGUUUCCAUUCUGGCAAAAUGUUUGCUCUUUUCUGUCUGCUUUGAGGGUUGGGGGAGGAUGGGCUUCUCACAGAGCCUCUCUCUCGGGCCUCUUGGCAGUUCCCCCCUCCUUGCCCCUCAUACUUCCACCAGAAGGCAGAGAGCGUGGCGUCUCCCUGAGCCACGUCGCUUGGGGGACACCAUACCCGGCUGAGCUCUCGCCUCCGGCGCUGUAGCCACAUCCAGAUCCAGGAGAAGUGGCAACAUGCACUAGCUGAUGAGAAUUAAGAGAAGGCUUAGAAGGAGAAGCUGAAGCCAGAGAGGUUCCCAUGACAAUGGAUAUGAUCACCCCAACCCUUUCAGAAAUCAGAGGGGGGACCUCGGAGGCCAGGACUCUGCAGGAAACUGGUGGCAGCCUGGACAGACAUAAAGACCACAGCAGUGCCAUCUUUUCUGGGUUCGCGGGCUUCCUCGCCAUCCUCCUGACCACCAUGAUUUUCUACGGCCUGUGGAACUGGAAUAAAUUGAAGAAGCGACAAGUUCCUUACUUCCGAGUUACCGUCAUGCCCUUACUGACUCUGUCUCGACCCAGACAAGGAGCCAAAAAUAUUUAUGACUCCUUGCCCCAGAGGCAAGAAGACCUGGGGAGACGUCAGUCAAGGAGUAACCGUAUUUUCAGUACCGAGAGCCUCCUCUCCAGACAUUCUGAGAGCCCUCCUUCUGAGCAUGUGCCCUCCCAAGCAGGCAAUGUCCUCUGGGUGCACAGAGACCAUUACCCUGCCAACGGCUAUGCAGUGGGCAUCUAUGACAAUGCCACAGGGCUCCAGAUGCGUGGGGACCUCACUCCCUCAGCACACUAUGUCAAUGUCACAGCAUCCAGAGACUGCCUGAGCAUUUCUUCAGAGGAUUCCCAAGAUUACAUCAAUGUCCCCACGGCGGAACAGAUUGCUGAGACUCUUCUGGCUUCUGCCAACGCCACCCCCACGAACAGUUUUGCCCCCCCAAAUGCUCAGAAGCUGGAGCUUACUGAGGAAAGAGAGCAGGGCUGUGGGAAUGCCAGUGACCACACCAGUUUUUGGUCUCCAAGGUCUGAGAGCGAUGAUCCGCUCAGCGAUGAGGAAAGUUCUUCUGAGACCUCAAAUGACUAUGUCAACAUGGCAGGGUUGAAUCUUGAGGCCAUCCACGGGAAGCAGCCCUGGAUGGUUUCUCAGUGCUACAGAGAUUAUGAAAAUGUCCCAUCUUCACAUGCCAGUGGAAACCAGCAGCAGGCGGAGGAAGAAGUGACAUCCUCAAACACAGACCAUGUCGAAGGCAGGACAGAUGGGCCAGGGACCCACGUCCAAUUUGUCAUGCAGUCAGGGAGGUUCCUGGCUCUAGGGGAUUAUGUGCCUUAUCCGCCAUCUGCACAGAAGGAGACUAGUCAGAUGAAACAUGGAGAAGAGAUGCCAAAUGAGGCCUCUGAUGACUACGAGAAUGUGUUAGCUGCCAACUUCGGAGACGUGGACCCCGAAGGGCCAGACGCAUAACUCCUUCCUGAAGAAUUAGGCCCCAGGCACCCAGCUGGAGAGCUCUGGGGUGCCAGACCGCAGCCACCACAGGGUCUAGUAAAGACCCUUGAACAUCCUUGUAUUUCAGUGGGUUCGCUCAGGUAGAGCCGAGAUACACAGGAGUUAAGGACGUCACGAAAGCCAAGGUCUGGGAAAGCCAGAAAGGAAUUCUUCUGAAGCAGGGUGCUGUUAUCUCUCAUACCAACCUAAGAAUGUUUGCUGAAAGUGCCUUAUUAGGAUGGUUAGCAGAUGAAAAAUGCGAUAGUACUUUAGUGCACAGUGGAAACGUGAAGUAGCCUAAAAGCGUUACCUUCACAAAUACCAGCAGGUUGCAAAGCAAGAAUGCAGAUUCGUCUGUAAUCCAGGCAGAGGCCAAAAAGAAGGGACAAGUCAGAGUUGGGGGCGGGGCAGCAGCUGCCACUUGAAAAAGAGUGUGGACAACCAAAUGCUAGAGAAAGAUGUGGAACACCGGGAAUUGUCAUUCAUUGCAAAGUAUAGUAUCCACUUUGGAAAGCUAUUGGAUAGCUUCUUAAAAGCACGCGUGUAUUAUACAACCCAGCCAUUCCACUACUAGGCGUUUACCCAAGAGAAUUGAAAAUUUGUGUUCAUGCAAAAGCCCGUACGUGACUAUUUAUAGCAGCUCUAUUCAUAAUGCCAAAACUAGAAAUAACUCAGAUGCCCUUCAGCAGGUAAAUGGAAAAACAAACUGUGGUAUAUCCACACAACGAGGUUGUCUAUACUCAACAGGAAAAAGGAAUGAACUAUUGGUUCAUGUGACAACAAGGACAAAUCGUGAGUGCAUUUGGCUAAGUGAAAGAUGCUAGACCUAAAAAUCUACGUAUUGUAUGAUUCCAUUUCUAUGGCCUUCUGGAAAAGGCAAAACUAUAUGGAUGGAAAACAGGUCAGUAGUUGUCAGGUUUGGGGAAAGGAGAGAAGCUUACUAUAAAGGAAUUUUUAGGGUAAUGGGGCUAUUCUGUAUUGGUACUGUUGGUGAUGGAUACGUGACUCUAUAAAUUUGUCAAAACACAAAAAAACUAUACAGCCCAACGAGUGACUUUUAUUGUAUGUAAUUUUUUUUUUUAAUUAACCAUGCUGUCAGGGGAAGCCAUGAUGGAAUGCAGAUUAAGACAAAUAAAACCUAACUGUCUUACGAACGUAUGAUAUAGCCUCACUGAAGGUGGGGCCGAGGGGGAAGGAGCUGACUAAUUAACUUUGGAAAAUAACGUUUUCACUUGAAACUGUAAGAUAAGGACACACACACACACAAACCUGUACAUAACACUGUACUCUAGUUGGUAAAUUUGUAUCUCAGAGGAGGACAGGUUAGCAAUUCGGAAACUCUUUAAAUGUAUACUAAGUUUGAACAAAUAAGUAAAUAUAGAUAAGGAGAAGCAGAUUUCUUACUAUCAGAAAAAGAGGUGACAAGUACAAUAAACCCUGUGGUGUUGGUGAACUAGAGUUGGAGGCAUAGUUUGAAUUCUUGUUUACUUUGAUAUAGGUAUGAAUAGAUACAGAAAUAAAUAUAGAUAUGUAUAGAAAUAGGCUAGUAUACAUAUAUUUCUCAGCUCUGUCCACUGGGACAUCUAGAAGCAAUGGCACCCUAGAAGCAAUGGACACACUGAGCACUCAGGUCUUGGUUUCUAAAUAUCCUUCUCAAUAAAAGGAAACAGAGCUCCUUGGAAAAAUGGCUAGUUCUAGAGCUGGGGCUGGGAAAACACUAUGGAAACAAUGGGGAGCUUGACCUUCUUGUAGAUGAAAGAAAGAAAGAAAGAAAGAAAGAAAAGAAAGAAAGAAAGGAAAGAAAAGGAAGGAGGGAAGGAAGGAAGGAAGGAAGGAAGGAAGGAAGGAAGAAAAAGAAAGAAGGGGGAAGAAAAGACAAGAAAAGAUGAAGGCAUGUCAAAAGGAGUCAACUAAAAGAAUUCCCGGGGCGCCUGGGUGGCGCAGUCGGUUGAGCAUCCGACUUCAGCCAGGUCACGAUCUCGCGGUCCGGGAGUUCGAGCCCCGCGUCAGGCUCUG